AUGCCAAAACGUAGUGCACAAGAAAAGUUGGAUAAAUACAGAUACAAGAUCAGAAAAUUGGAAGAAAAAGUAAAGGAGAAAAAUUGGAGACGAAAACAUUGCAGGUUAGUUGAACACUUUUAUAAAAAGAAUUUAGAAUCGGGAUUGACUGCGAGUCAAUUGCGAUUACAGCUACAUAUUAUUGUCUGCGAGACAAUAUUAACUUUAAAAGGUCUAUACGUUCUAUAUACCUAUAUCACUGUUCGUCCGCUUAAGUAUCGUAUUUUUACAGAUACAUGCGAUGUCGAACCCCGCGAAUUAGAACGAGGCUCGUCGGAGGCGACUCCUGCUUUGCAGGACGUACCGGACCUAUUAGAAGAGGAGGUUGUUUUACCAGCUGAGGCAACCGCAGAAAUAAGUUUGGACCCAGAGUUGCUGUCUGCUUUGGGGUCUUCUACAUCUGGAACCCCAGACUUUGGAGAAGAUGUCCAUGAAAGUUUAGCCGGUUUAUGGACUCCUCUACUUAAGAAAGGGUUAGUCAAAGACGAUAAAGAUAGGCUCAUGAAAGAGCAUCUUAUACCAGCUAAUUGCAAACCACUGCAGGCUCCGAAGUUAAACGCGGAAAUCUCAGCCGCAGUAUCGGAUAUAGUCAGAGGACGAGAUAAGAAAUUGGUUGGUUUCCAACAACAACUAGGAAACGGUACCGCGGCAAUCAACAAAGCUAUGGAUGUUUUGCUCAAAUCAGACAAUAAAAUACUUGUCUUAAAAUAUUUAACUGACGGCUGUCGCUUGUUAUCCGAUUUGCACCACUGCCUUACCAAAGACAGAAUUAAAUUAAUUACCCCAAGUCUGGAAAAGAAUUUCCUUAACGUUAUUCAAGACUCAGAACGCGAUGAGACCCUAUACGGUAACUCAUUAUCGGAAAAAAUAAAAGCCAGCAAGGCCAUUGAGAAACGAGGAUCUCAGAUUAAAAAGACAAGCGUUAAUCCAAAAGGGAGAACGCCUCAAACGUCGGUCACUCAGUUUUCCGCCCAGAAAAACUGGUCAGGACCUCCUCGUUACCCGUCGAACAGGGGGGGGCGGGGAGGUCAGAGGAGACCACCAGGAGCUCCGCGUCGGUCAUACCAAUCACUUCCACAAGUUCAAACGAGGACCUCUUACGCGAAAACCCGUGCAUCACAACAGAAAUAAUUCAGGUACAUGCUGGCAGAAUUCGAUUCUUUCUUAGCGAGUGGUAUCACAUAACCACCAACAAGGUUGUAUUGUCAUGGAUAGAACAUGGAUUUACAAUCCCAUUGCGUACUCGAGUGCGUCAAUCUAUUGCACCUUUGUCUAACUUUUCUUACGAGGAGGCGCAAGACAUACAGGUGGCAAUUAGUAAAUUAUUAGAACUGGGGGCUAUCUCGC